CUUGUUACGUAAACUACUCAUGUUUAAAAUGAAUUGCAAAAGCAAUAAACCUCAAAUCACUGCAUGAUUAUUAUCAUUUGAUAAGUAGAAAGAGGGUAGAGAGCAAAGUUUAGUAAAUAUGCUUAUACUAAGCUUGCUGUUAGUAGCAAUUUUUGAAAGAUGUAUUUAUGCAGGAAAUAUUUAUCCACGUGAUUCGGAAACCAGAGAUUCCAAGUUAUUAGACGGUAUAUGGAAUUUUAGAACAGCUGAUGCGCAAGAUCAAGAACGUGGAUUUCGAGAAAAAUGGUAUCUGAAACCCCUAUCUCAGACUGGUAACAUUAUUCCUAUGCCAGUUCCAUCCAGUUACAAUGACAUUACUCAGAAUAAAACAAUUAGAGAUUUUAUUGGAUGGGUGUGGUAUGAUAGAGAGUUUUUUGUUCCAUCUUUCUGGAUAUCUGAUUCAAGAAGAGUUGUGAUUAGAUUUGGUGGAGCUCAUUAUAAUACUAGAGUGUUUCUGAAUGGCCAAUCUAUAGUCAAUCAUACAGGUGGUCAUCUUCCAUUUUAUGCUGAUGUGACAAAAAUUUUAAAAAAUGGCUCAAAUCUACUAACUGUAGCACUUAAUAAUACUCUUACUCCCAGCACAGUGCCUCAGGGUAGUGUUGUUUAUGAAAAAGAUGAACAAAGAUAUCCUCCAGGUUACCAUGUUCAGAAUGUUAAUUUUGACUUUUUUAAUUAUGCUGGUAUUCACCGAAGUGUAGUUCUGUACAGCACCCCUAUUUACUACAUUGACGACGUAACAGUUUCUACAGAUUUCCAAAAUUCUACUGGUCUUGUCGAUUAUGUGAUAUAUUCAAAUAAGAAUAUUAACCAAGCCGCAUGUAAAAUUGAUGUUUUUGAUAAACAUUCUCGACCAGUUGCAUCUUCUAAAGGUUGUAAAGGAACAGUAAUGAUUAAAUCUGUAAAUCUGUGGUGGCCACAAACAAUGAGUUCUCAACCUGGAUAUCUGUACACUAUGAUGGUAAGUCGAAACUUUUUCAGUGCUUAUAUUGAAAAUAUAAAAUUCAGGAAAGUGGUGCAGCAUACUAAGAAAUUGGAUUCUAUCAGACCUGUUACAGUAGCAUUGAGUGCAGAUUUUAAUUCAGAUAAAAUUGGUCAGUUUCUGGAUGUAAUUAUGAUAAACAGAUAUUAUGGAUGGUAUAGUGAUAUUGGUCAUACCGAAGUUAUUGUCAAACAGUUACUGUAUGAUGUGACAAGUUUUCAUAAGAAAUAUUUAAAACCAGUUAUGAUAAGUGAAUAUGGAGCUGAUACUAUUGCUGGACUCCACAUUGACCCAUCAUAUGUUUUCACUGAAGAUUAUCAAGUAGAAUUUAUAAUUCAGUAUCACAAAGGAUUUGAUUUAUUAUAUCAGAAAGGAUUUUUUGUUGGUGAAUUAAUAUGGAAUUUUGCUGAUUUCCUCACUAGUCAAAGUUUAACUAGAGUCCUGGGAAAUAAAAAAGGAAUUUUCACAAGAGAAAGACAACCCAAAGCAGCAGCGAAGGUUCUUAGAUGUCGUUAUCAUCAUCUGGCAAACAGAACAAUUACAGAAGACAUGUAUUGUCCAGUUUAUUAUGCGGAGACAUGUUAAACAAUAUGUAUUGUAUAUACAAAAUUAUAUAUUGAAGAUUUUGAAUUAUAUCAAACAAGAUAUUUGUAUAAAAUAUUAAAAUCAUAUAAUAAAUUUGAAACUAGCUUUAAACACUGUUCUGCAAAUAAAUAAAAUGGGGAUAAAUACUGCUAAAUACUAUACUUAUAAACCAAAAAAUUUAAUGACUUAAGGGAGAAAUCCCUUUUUCAUGUAAAAAUUUUUAUUAAAUGGUGAUUUUACGUAU